AUGUAUGCAGGCAAGAGUGAUGACAUUGAGAGAUUCAAUGGAGCAACUCAGCAGCGUGCUGCCUUCUUCUCUCGCCUCGAUCACACGCGAGAGUGCAUUAUGAUAUUCCCAUCCGCCUCCUCGGUCCUCCUCGCAGCAGUAGACGGCACGCUCACACGCCGCUUACUAACUGACACCGAGCUUGCCUGGCAAAUUGACAACGUCAGCCCCCCUUCCGUCCGCCGCUCCGCCACCGCAUCCGGCUACAGAAGGUUCUUCUGGACCCCUUCGCACCGCUCACCUGCCCACAUCACCACCCUCAUGCGUCUCACCGCCGGCAUCACUCGCCGCUACCCCCCAGCCGAAUGCGGAUAUUCAGUCAACUCGCACGUCAGACUGGCGCAGCACCGCGCCCACAAGAGCUCAAACUACGUGAUGAAUCUCGUCGAAGACAUCUGCGCGUAUCUCUACCGCUCCGACACGUUUUCCCAGCUAUUCACUAUGCAGCCGUUCAUUGUGGCCCUGCUUUUUCGACCCGAACAAGCUGCCGUCGUAGAAAUAUUUCUCUCGGGCCUCCUGCAGGUUUGGGUUGAUGAAGGUGGCGGGCUGAACGCGUAUCCAGCGGGCAGGAGCGUGGCUAACCCAUGGAGGGUGGGUGGGGCGCAGUGGGUGAAAGAGAAUUAG